AGAGGAGUAUUUGAAGAUCGGUAGAGGCCGAGGAGAAGGGAAGGAGGUUCUGGCAAGUGAAGGGGAGGGGGGGGCAAGUGAGAAGUGGUGCGUGCAUGCUUUCAAAGUGAGGAUAGCCAGAAAGCAAAGGACAGGGGAGAGUGUAAGAAGAGGAGGUAGCGUGGAAGGUCAGCUCUUGGUGACACCGUGGAGGGGAGGAAGAAGGGUUGUACGAGGAGAAGGGGGAGUGAAAGUCAUCUGGUGUGGGUUUCAGGGUAGGACAAACUGUCAGAGUGAAGGGCAGACGUGUGAGGAGUCACUGUGGGGGGAGAAAGAAAAUGUUGAAGUGGAAGAAGACAUAGCUAGACUAGAGAGCAUGGAGUGCUGAGAGGAGGACAAAACGAGGGACCUCGUUGGCAUCGGUGUGGAAGGAAAGGAUAACAACUGAGGAAAUCAAAGAGGUGUGUGCUGGAAGUAUGGGGUGUCUCUACAGCACAGGCAGGAUCAAGAAGCAGGAACCUGGUGCAGACGCUGGAGGGGUUUCCAUAAAGUCAUACCCUGAAGUGCAUCCUGAAAUCCUUCAGCUUGCUGAGCUCACUAAGUCGGGCAGCCACGCCUUCACAGUGAAGAACUUCAAGAAGAGGCGAGUGUGCGAUGUGUGCAGGCAGAACAUCAGCAGCCUCGGGGUUUUCUGCAAGGAGUGCAAGGUUGCGGUUCACAAGACGUGUGAAGCCAAGGUGUCUGAAGCCUGCACUGCCACUUUCACGGACCUGCACAGCUCCAUUAAAUCAACUUCACAGAAGAAGAGAGGCUCCAUACCAAGAAGUAAAAGUGUGGAGCAAGUGAUGGAGCAUGUAAUGGAGUGCCACUACGACUUCGACCUCACCUACAUCACAGAGAGGAUCAUCUCGGUCUUCUUCCAGCCAGAACUGGAGGAGCAGAGGUACCGCAGAAACAUGCAGGAAGUGGCUUCCAUGCUCAAGUCUAAGCACCAAGACAAGUUUCUGUUGCUGAAUUUAUCAGAAAAGAGACAUGACAUAACCCGACUUAACCCAAAGGUGCAGGACUAUGGCUGGCCUGAUUGUCACGCUCCUCCUCUGGACAGGAUUUGUGCCAUUUGUAAAGCCAUGGAAACCUGGCUAACCUCAGACCCCAGCAAUGUGGUGGUCCUCCACUGUAAAGGAAAUAAAGGAAAGACUGGGGUCAUUGUGGCAGCAUACAUGCACUACAGCAAGAUAUCAGCAGGAGUGGACCAGGCUCUCACCACACUAGCCAUGAGAAAGUUCUGUGAAGACAAAGUCUCCUCCUCCCUGCAGCCCUCCCAGAACAGGUACAUCUACUACUUUAGUGGUUUGUUGUCCGGUACCAUUAAAAUGAAUAGCAGCCCUCUGUUCCUUCAUCAGAUCCUCAUUCCCUCACUACCAAACUUCCAGUCGGGAGGAGGAUUUUUUCCUUUCCUGAAAAUCUACCAGUCUUUACAACUUGUCUACACCUCAGGUGUCUAUGAUCCCCAGAGCUCAAGAGCAAGAAAGCUGUGUGUGACUAUGGAGCCAGCACUGCUAUUAAAGGGGGACAUCAUGGUGAAGUGCUACCACCGGCGGAGCAGAGCGGCAGAGAGGGAGGUGGUCUUCAGAGUCCAGUUCCACACCUGUACGGUUCAUGGAGCCCAGCUGUGGUUUGGCAAGACAGAGCUCGACUUGGCCUACGCAGAUGACAGAUUUCCUCCAGAUGCUACAGUGGAAUUCAUGUUUUCCAAUGGGCCGGAGAAAAUUAAAGGUCGAGAAUAUCAAAAGAAUGACACAUCCAUCAAGGUAGAUUACAACACCUCAGACCCUGUGGUCAGAUGGGAUUCAUAUGAAAACUUCAAUCUCCACCACCAGGACAGCACGGAAAACAUAUCCCACACAAGAGGCCCUCUAGACGGCAGCUUGUACGCUCAAGUAAGAAAGCGACGUGGACCAGGCACAACUGCUUCUGCAGCAGCUUCACCCAAUGGAUGUCUCACGAGCAGCCCAACAGUAAAAACCCAACCCCACCCCCAACCUCUCACCUAUACCUCUUCAUCUAGCUGUUCCUCAGUCCCUUCUGAUCAUCCCGGCAAAGAAUCUUUGUCAGUUCACAGUCCUGACAGAGAUAAAAGUGAAAGGAAUGUAGAAACUCAAACAAAAGAGAAGACGAGAGACAAAGAAAGGGACAGAGAAACAGCGAUUUUAGAUGAUGGAGACCCAUCAAUUUCAGUAGGUUCCAGGCAAGAACGCUCAUUUUGCAGUCAAACAGGUACAAAAUGUAGCAAUGCUUGUAGGGAAAUGGACAGAGAGCUCUGUAUUCCCAGUGGCCACUGUCUUGGACGUUGUAAGAGCAUUAAAAGCAACCCAAAAAGCCAAACUUUGCCAGCUUUACCAUCCAAAUCUAUGUCAUCUCCUCCUCAUUUGACUCACUUGGAGCUCUGCCAUCGUCAUAGCACAAACCCUUUACCUGAGUUACCAUGGGAACUUCAACUCCCUCAUCCAUCCCUGCCUUGCCUCCAUCGGCAAUGUUACCCUUGUCCAACCACUGAGCACACCCACAAUCACAACCACACCUUACCAGCUUCAAACAGACUCUGCACGGGGGACGAGUGUCAUCUCUUUCAUUAUUCUGGCCUCGGCCCAGGCCCUCACAGCCCUUACAGAGAAAUGUUUUUUGGAUCCCCAGCAUCAUCUUCCUGCUGCCCAUGUCAGGAAUGUUCCAGCAGGCGAGAGUACCAAUCAGCCUCAGUCAGAGCGCUCCACCUGCUGCACCCGGACCAAUCAGAGAAUCCACAUUGGGUUCAGGCAGCGGGGAUACGGUCAAGAGAUGCACUUCCACUAUGGGAAACUGAAAAUCCAUGGGAGCUGAAAAGAGAGGCAGAAUUGUGGCAGUGCAAAUCAUCCAUGCCAGGAUAUCGCAUCUGCCAAUCCACUCUGGACAAGGUUCCAAACCCAGAGCAAUCUAGAUUUGUCAUUGCACCUCAUCAUAACUACUCUAUCCCCCAGUCACUGAUUGAUGUCCGGGAUGGGGCAAGCAGUGGUUAUCACACUCCUCUACAGCCACGCCACUCCUGCCCCUGCUCCCCGUACCAGUCCUCCCCCUCUGAGAGUCGUGAGAGCCGGGGAUAUGCUUCAGGCUAUCACUCGGGGUCGGCUUCACCUCUGCCUGCAAACAGUCCAUCUCCUGGUAGAGGAAAACUGCCUGAUACCCCCUCAAGAUCUGAGAGUCAGCCAUGCACAGAUCAGAGCAAGGAAAAGGUCAAGACAAAUGCAGAGGAUGACAUAUCUCAAGGUUCACAGAGCAAAUCUGACACCCAAGGAAAGUCAAGUACCCCAGACCUUGACUCUGACCAUGACUACACUCUGAUUGGUGGCAGCAGUCCAACUCACACAGAGGACAGCCUAAAAUCUGAUAGCCCACUUCAAAGAAAAGAGACUGCUAUACUUCAAGAGUCCAACAAAUACAAAGACAGAUCUAUCACAUCAGUGCCAUCAGAGACAGAAACCCAAAGUUCUACCACAUCUACGAAUCCCACAGAACCAUCAGUUGCGCCUUCAAUGGGUGCAGAUGAGAAGGUUGGAGCAGCUGAGGUCAAGGGAUGUGUCGAUAGAUACCAGCAAUCACAUACUUCAAGCUAUGCAACUGUUGUUAUCAGCCCAAUCCAAGUCCAGCUCAAUGGGUCUGCUCUUUCUUGUGAAGGCCUAUCUGAGUGCGGCAGAAGAAUGGAACAGAAUCCAUCUGCAAGUGUAUGCUCCAGUCCUUCCACCACAUCCCCAAAUUCUCCCAUUGGGUCCCCAGAGUUGCAGUUGUCUCCUCAGCACUCUACAAUUGCUGCAGAUACAGCUGGACAGAGACUGACCCCGGACAGAGACAGCUCAGCCGAUACCAAACCACCAUCACCUGUGCCCGAUGGAUAUCAAACACCUACCUUCCCCCUAGCCUCCUACUACUACUCUUUACUAAAUGUCCCCCAUGUUCCAUACACUGGAUACACCGCAGUUACUAUACCCGCCAUCCAACCACCACUCCCAGAAAAAAAGCGUCAUUCUUCCACAGCACCAUCCCUGAACGGACACAAUACACUCCUGCGGGCCUCCUCAGCUCCUUCCCCAGUACAGCACGUUACUUUCUCCCCUGCUGUCGGAGAGCAAAGAAGGGUGUCUGCACAACCCAGCUGUAGGGACGAAGUAGACAUUAGAGUGAAUGCAAAGUUUGUCCAGGACAGCUCCAAAUACUGGUACAAACCAGGCAUCUCCAGAGAUCAAGCAAUCGCUGUCUUGAAGGACAAGGAGCCGGGUACUUUCCUCAUUAGAGACAGCAACUCCUUCCAGGGUGCCUACGGCCUGGCUCUAAAGGUGGCUACCCCUCCACCUAAUGCCAGCAUCACUUGGAACAACGGAGAUCCUGUGGAACAGCUGGUGAGACACUUCCUCAUUGAGACUGGGCCACGGGGAGUGAAGAUCAAGGGCUGUCAGAAUGAGUCCUACUUUGGGAGCCUAUCCGCUUUGGUAUACCAACAUUCAAUUACUCCCAUCUCUUUACCAUGUGCCCUCCGUGUUCCUGAAAAGGAUCUGGUUGGCGAGCUUCAGGAGAUACAGAGUGCAACAAAUACAAGUACAGCAGCUGACCUCCUCAAACAAGGAGCAGCAUGCAACGUGCUCUACCUAAACUCUGUGGAAACAGAGUCGCUAACAGGGCCGGAGGCUGUUUCCAAGGCAACUAAGUGUACAUUAGCUCUGAAUCCACGGCCAGUGGCAACAGUGGUCCACUUCAAAGUGUCUUCUCAAGGAAUCACGCUAACUGACAGCAAAAGAAGGUUAUUCUUUAGGAGGCACUACCCAAUCAACACGGUCACAUUCAGCAGUCUUGACCCUCAAGAUCAGAGGAUGUUUGGCUUUGUGGCCAGAAGGACAGGAGCUACUACAGAGAACGUGUGUCACCUGUUUGCUGAGAUGGACCCUGAGCAGCCAGCUGUGGCAAUUGUCAACUUCAUAAACAAAGUAAUGUUGGGACCACAGCUAAGAAGAUGAAGAAUUAAAACUAUGGACUAUUGCAGAUCUGAAGAUGCCAAAGAAAUUAUAUAAUUCUAUAUUCAUGAAGUGUGUAUACAGCUAAACCAUGUUGGUGCAAGUGACAUCCAUGUACAAUGGUGAAUAACUAUUUUCACAAUAGAAUCCACUGUUGACAAUAACUGCUCUGCAUGGCUGCCUAUCACUGUCAGUUUACAGAGUAAAGCGGUUACAGAGGAAGCCAGUGUGGCCUAAUGUUGCCAAAUAGGAGUUGCAUUUGUUAUCUGGGUGUUUUCAGUUUUUUUUUUCCAUUUCACUUUUAUUCAUGUGUCAUACAAUUCAUAGGAUGCAAACUAACUUUACAAACUGCACCACAUCUUCUUUAGUGCCAAAGGCAAAGAGAAAAGGAGCUUAGAGGGUCUUUAUAAUGUGGCAGAGAGUAAGAGUUGCGUUUCAAGAUGAAGGGGUUUGAUGACAAUUGUUUUUCCCAGUGAGAGGGACAAAAGUAAGUGAUUUUACGAUAAAGACUGAGACUGUCUACAGAGAAAGUUUUUCUUUCUGCAUUAAAAUGUUUUUUUGUGUAUUUUUAUUUUGCUGACGAGUUUCAAAAUAUCUUAAUCGAUGUUGGAUCUUACGUAGACAUAUAACUUUUUUUUUAACCCAAACUUAAAAACAAUGGUCUUCCAGUUCAGCUUCAUUUUUAUUACUAAGAUCAAAUACUAGUUCAUGAAUUGUGCCUUCUCACGUGAAUGUGAAAAGAUAUUUAAACAUUUAUAUGCAAGGGAAUCCAUACAUCCGUUCUUCUCUCUAACAACCUACCUAAACUGGUAUUGUAAUGGCAGGAUACCAAAACAAAAUUAUUGGAACCUAAUUGUAUUUAUUAAAUAGGAAAUUGAUCAUUUGGGUAAAUCACAUGUGAAAUCCUGCACAGUAUAAAAACACUGGCUGUUUUAAGACAAACAUAUCAAGACUUAAAUAAAAAUGACCAUCAGUAGAAAUCUACAACACAAGCAGUUAUUUUAAUGUCAUAUAAUAUCAAAGGAGUCCAGUUUCUUUAUCUGAUUUUGACAAAUUUCCAUGAAAAUAUACCAUAUAAUGUGUGAAGUGUUUCUGAAGGAGUUUAAAUUAAAGCCAAAGAUUUAUUGUGUCAAAUAUGUGUACACUCUUUGGUUGUAUUCAAUCUAUAUGCUUUUGUUUAGUAUUUGUGUUUUACACUGAGACAGUAUAUAGAUUAUUUCAGUACUAUCAAAAUUUUCACAUUUCCUUUUUUUGUAAGAGAAAUAAUAUAUUUCCAAACUUUGAGUAUUUGAAAGAAAUGAGUACCAGAUGUUUGACAAGAAAUUAAAACAAUGUAUUCAAAUCAAAAUGUAUUCUCCCUCAUUUACAUGCCUUUUGUGUGACAAUGCAGUUUGUUGCCUUUAACUCAAAAUAGCAUAUGGAAGUAUUUUGAUUGAAAUAAA